AGUGCCACUGAUUCUGACACUUCCUCGUUUUCUAUCUACAGCUCAUUUGAAAAUCAGCUCUUCUGUCCCAGUCAAUGGGUAGACUAAAUGACUCUGUGAUUUCUGAGUUUGUGUUGUUGGGACUCUCCAGUUCUUGGGAAACUAAAGUUUUUCUCACGUUGAUAUUUUCCUUGCUCUAUUUAGGGAUCAUCCUGGGAAACCUUUUCAUUUUGUUUUUGGUGAUUCUUGAUUCUCACUUACAUUCCCCUAUGUACUUCCUGCUGGCCAACCUGUCCCUCAUUGAUAUGGGACUUUGCUCUACCACAGUCCCCAAGAUGAUCACAAACCUUUUAAAUGAAUACAAAGUAAUUUCUUUUCAAGGCUGUAUGACACAGACAUGCUUCAUCCACAUUUUAGGAGGAACAGAGAUGUUGUUACUCGUAGCCAUGGCGUUUGACAGAUACACAGCGAUAUGUAAACCUCUUCACUACUUGACCAUCAUGAGCCCUAAUAUAUGUGUUUCAAUUGUAGUCAUUGGCUGGGUAACUGGAGUUAUCCAUGCUAUGUCUCAGUUUUCAUUUGUUAUUAACUUGCCCUUUUGUGGCCCUAAUAAAAUAGACAGCUUUUAUUGCGACUUUCCCAGGAUCAUAAAACUUGCAUGCACAGAUGGGUACAAAUUUGAGUUGGUUAAUACUGCCAACAGUGGGUUCCUGAGCGUGGGCACCUUCUUCCUGUUAAUCCUUUCCUAUACCUUCAUUUUGGUCUCUGUCUGGAAACGUUCCUCAGGUGAUUUAUCCAAGGCUUUUGUCACAUUGUCAGCUCACAUCACUGUGGUUGUUCUUUUUUGCACUCCAUGCAUGUUUCUCUACGUGUGGCCUUUCCCCACAUCAUCACUUGAUAAAUAUCUGUUCAUUGUUGACUUUGCUAUCACCCCUAUCUUGAAUCCUGCCAUCUAUACAUUAAGGAACAAAGACAUGAAGAUAGCACUAAAAAGAUUGCACAAACAGCGAUAUUAUCUCAGAUUUUGCUGACUACAUCAUUCUUUGAACUCUGAAACUAUACAUCCACCUGCCUGUUAAGACAUCUCCACUUAAACAUCCCACAUCUAACAUGGCCAUAACUGAAUGUAUCAUCUAUUUCCUUAAACUCAUUUCUACUACUUCUGUAGAGCAUUUACUCAUUACCUUUACCACUGUGCGAAUAUGAAUCCAUCAUGAUAAGGGUUAUUUUAGCAGACAACAGCAGUGUCUACUAAAUAAGACAUUAUGAUUAAAAUUGUGGUUAUUUUGACAGUAAGAAAGGAUAUAAUGGCAUCUUCUGCUUCCCAUAAGGUUUUCAAA